UCUGUCUUCUCUUGGGGAAGGGGGUUGCGCGGUUUAAGCAGUUGCACUAGAUUACAAAUAACAUACAUGAUCGGCCAUCUGCUGCUGUCUAUUUUUCAUCUGGGCUGAUUGGUACAGUUUUCUAUACCAUGAGAAUUUAAAUUGUUGUGGAAAUGCAAUGGAUUGUACAUUUUAAACCGAAACCUUUUCAAGGAUUUGGACGUGUUCUAGGACAAAGAAAUUAAUUUAACAGACAGCCGCCAUCAUUCCGUGCUGCAAGGGUGACCCCAAAAUGUCUUCCAAUGGUGAUCUGCAAGACGUUGGGAGCUGGGACAGCUUCUGGGAGCCUGGGAACUACAAGAGGACGGUAAAACGCAUUGACGAUGGCUACAAACUAUGCAAUGAGCUGGUCAGCUGCUUCCAGGAGCGGGCCAAGAUUGAGAAGGGCUAUUCCCAGCAGCUGAGUGACUGGGCCAGGAAAUGGAGGGGUGUUGUGGAGAAAGGCUCACAGUAUGGGACUCUGGAAAAGGCCUGGCAUGCUUUCAUGAAUGCGGCAGACAGACUGAGUGAGAUCCAUAUGGAACUAAAAGAGAAACUGGUUGUUGAGGACAGCGAAAAGAUUAGAAACUGGCAGAAGGAUGCCUUCCACAAGCAAAUGAUUGGUGGAUUCCGUGAGACCAAAGACGCCGACGAAGGCUUCCGCAAGGCCCAGAAACCCUGGGUCAGAAAACUGAAGGAUGUGGAGUCUACCAAAAAGAGUUUUCACCAAGCCCGGAAGGAGGAGCACACGGCAUUGACCCGUGAAACUCAUGCCAAGGCUGACCCCACCAAAUCCCCAGAAGAGGUCCACAAGUUCACCGAGCGCCUGGAGAAAUGUACCCAAGAGGCAGAGAAGGCUAAGGAACGUUAUGAGAGAGCCCUGGACGAGCUGAAUCGCUGUAACCCUCGUUACAUGGAAGACAUGGAGCAAGUGUUUGAAAUCACACAGGAGGCAGAAAAAAAGAGGCUUCGCUUUUUUAAAGAAGUGCUGCAGGACAUACACCAGCACAUGGACCUCUCCAGCAAUGAUGGAUUUCGAGGCCUGUACCGAGACCUCAGCCAGACCAUCAAUGCAGCCAAUGACGCAGAGGACCUCAGGUGGUGGAGGAACACCCAUGGGCCUGGCAUGAGCAUGAAUUGGCCCCAGUUAGAGGAGUGGUCACCAGAAGCAAACCGAUCCAUCAGUCGAAGAGACAGAAACAGUCGUUCUGAUGACGUGGUCACUCUGACUAAUAUUGUCUCAGCGGGAGACGAACCCCCGAAGACUCCACAGGAAACUACGAGGGAGGGUAAAGACUACUCCUCGGACUGGUCUGAUGAAGAGAGCCCCAAAAAAUACAUCGCAGCCAACGGGGUGGACGAGGAGGAGAAGGUAGUCGGGGUUCACGUUAAAGCGCUGUAUGAUUACACUGGGCAGGAGGCUGAUGAGCUGAGCUUUAAAGCAGGUGAAGAGUUAAUGAGGCUGGGUGAGGAGGACGAGCAGGGCUGGUGUAAAGGACAGCUGGUCAGCGGAGAAAUAGGCCUCUACCCUGCUAACUACGUCCAAGUCAUCACAUCUUGAGCAGCCACUCCGCUCUGGACGAGACCCACACCUUCCCUGUGGCAGCCGCGAGGAACUACGGCAGCUGUGUCGAAUACACAGCCACGCAUCUGCAUGAUGGAUCGAAUGCCCCGAUACACGAGGAGAUCAGAGAGGAGUGCGCGGUUCAGUGGUUCAUUCUUUGUUUUCGCUGACACGCUAGAGGACUUUGAGAUUAGUUAGUCCCCCUUUGUCCUUGUGCUUAUUGAAAAUUCAGUGCCUUUAUUGUAAAAUGCCAGACGUUCACGCCACGGCUAUUAAUGUAGCACAUGGCUGAAUCACUUUGUUCACAGGAAAACGUGCGAGUCGCCACUGUUGGAUUUGUUGUGAUAGAUAAUCAUUAGUAUUUCACAUUUCAGUUACGUAUGAGAAUCAUUUAAAGUGUUUGAUCAAAUCUACGCUGACUAUAUAUAUAUAUAUAUAUAUAUAUAUAUAUAUAUUCAGGUUUUGCUAAUCUUUCGUGAGAAGCGUGUUAGUGUGUGGAUAUUUUCUGUAAGAUGUUAGGUUGUUCUAGUUUAACUGAACAUUUCUUUGGCUGCAGUUCAGAAUUGAAGGAUUCUUCAUUGCAUAUUUACCUUUAUGUUUUCACAAAGAUAUAUGGAUUUAUAAUAUACAAACUAUUACUGGGCAGAUUCUCUUAGACGCCCUUUGGAAUCUCGAGUCUUGGAUUCUAAAAUCUUUUCGGUGGGGUUGUUUUACUUUUUUCAUUUAUCUUUUAAAAGUUUCUGUUGUCAGAUGAGAGAAAGUAUAAGAGAA